UGUGGUUCCACAAAAUUAUUUUAGGACUACAUGUACCAGCAGACUUUGCGGUGUGGCGUUUUUCGACGUGACCUUGGUUAAGCUUGACGUCAACAACCAUGGCGAACAACGAGCCGAAUCACUUCAUCCAGACUCUGAGGAAUAUGGCAGCUCGGUUUUCUUCGUCUGGUGGCAAAGGGGCAGGGUUAGGACUAAAGCUAAUGGUCGGAGCUGGUGCUUUGGCGUAUGGUGUUAGAGAAGCUACCUACACAGUUGAGGGUGGUCAAAGGGCCGUCAUCUUCAACAGGAUUGGAGGAAUGCAGAUGGACACUGUAUUAGCCGAGGGGCUGCAUUUCAGGAUUCCUUGGUUCCAGUACCCUGUCAUCUAUGACAUCAGAGCCAAACCCAGGAAGAUCUCAUCUUUGACUGGCAGCAAAGAUCUGCAGAUGGUGAACAUAGGAGUACGAGUGCUGUCCAGGCCUAUGGCAUCAAAACUGCCAGUGAUGUACCAACAGCUGGGGAAAGAUUAUGAUGAGAGAGUCUUGCCCUCCAUAGUCAAUGAGGUUCUCAAGUCUGUUGUGGCGAAGUUUAAUGCUUCACAGCUCAUCACACAGAGAGCACAGGUGUCCCUGCUAGUGCGCAGGGAGCUCUUUGAAAGAGCCAAAGACUUCAACAUCAUUCUUGAUGAUGUAUCCAUUACUGAGCUGAGUUUCAGUAGCCAGUACACCGCUGCUGUGGAAGCCAAGCAAGUUGCCCAACAGGAGGCCCAGAGAGCCCAGUUCUACGUGGAGAAGGCCAAGCAGGAUCAAAGACAGAAGAUCAUUCAGGCUGAAGGAGAAGCAGAAGCUGCUAAAAUGUUGGGGCAAGCAGUGACUAAGAACCCAGGUUACCUGAAGCUGAGGCGAAUUAGAGCAGCACAAAACAUUGCUAAGACGGUGGCGUCAUCACAGAACAAGGUGUAUCUGAAUGCAGACAGUUUGGUCCUUAACCUACAAGACCAGAUGUUUUUUAACAAUUUAUCACUGGGGAAAAAGAAAUGAUCAAGUCCUCCUCAUCUGGACACUCACAUUACGAUGUAGUGAAUCAAUGCACAGCAAAUACAGUAUUCCAGAAAAAAAAAUUGUUUUUGCUCUCUGAUCUGUAUUUACCUUUUUUUUGUUUAUUAAAUUAAUGGCAGUGGAACAAAAUAGUGCUCUUAUUUUCACUUCAAUUAAAUCAGUACAGUGAUGUGUAUGUCCAAUAAACUACAAUAUCAACAAGCAA